ACAAAUGAUAAAGAUGGUGACUAUAUAAUACCACCUGUGAUAUUACACAAAAAUACCUUGGCUUCACCUAUCUUCAAUGCCUCAGCCACGGGUAUAAACAAACGAAGACAGAUGGACUAAUUCAUUGGCACCAGAGGGAUCAGGAUUGGCAUAUUUCCACCAUAUUUCCGAUCAGGGAAGCGUCACACGGAAGAAUAAAGUAUAAAUAGAUGGUAAUUGUUCGGUGAUGUCAAUAAUAGUUAUGAGUUAACCUGUUUGUCAAGAAAAUAUCAAUUCUCCAUAUUUACUCGAUUCCAUUAACAUCCAAGAAAAUUAAUCUACAGAUGAAGUGGCUAAUAUAACUGCUACUUUGACCACAUUAAAUUGUAAUAGACCCUUUGCACCUGGAAUCGCAUGACACAACAUGUGGCGCCAAAUGGAAUUUCAAGCUGUAGUCCUUGCUGCAGGCAAAGGAUCCCGAAUGACAGAAUUGACAGCUAGUCGAGCCAAGUGCUUGUUGCCUAUUGGAAACUAUCCCAUGCUCUACUAUCCCCUAAAACUUUUAGCACGUAACGGGUUCAUGGAAGUCAUUGUUGUGGUACAAGAAGAAUGGAAAAAUGAAAUAGCGUUAGCUAUAGACAAAUUGAAUAUUAGACUCAGAUGUGAUUUCGUUGGAAUCCCAGGUGGGGACGAUCUAGGAACUGCUGACGUCCUCCGAUUAAUCCAUGAGAAGUUCUACACAGACAUCAUUGUUCUCCCUUGCGACUUGAUCAUGAAUAUCGAUUUAAGUGGCAUUUUCAAUUCUUAUAGAAGACAUUCAGCAAUCAUUAUUUCUAUGCUGAUCCAACUUCCAACAUUUUCUGACAAAUUGAUUAAUCCUGGACCAAAGAGCAAACCAAAACCAGAGAGAGAUUUGAUUGGAAUAGACAAUGAAACUAAUCGAUUAAUUUUUUUCGCCUCUGCAUCAGAUUUUGAAGAAAAGAUAAAUAUAUCACGAAAACUGUACAAGAAACAUACAAACUUCAAUAUUAACUCAAAUCUUUUGGAUAUACACUUAUAUAUCAUCCAUAAAUGGAUUUUGGAUUGUCUACUAAUUGACAAAAGCAUCAGCUCUAUUAAAGGUGAAUUAUUGCCAUAUGUUAUCAAAAAACAAUCAGCGCAGACACACAACCCCAAUAAAAUAGAAAAAUGUACAUCUAUCAUGAAACAAAACACUGACAGAGAUAUAUUUAAAUUGGUAACGGAAAAAGCUCUGAGCAAACGGAAAAAACGUCUGGAUGUUUUGAUCAGUGAAAUGUCGCCCUUCAAUGACCACUCGACAAAUUUGGAGAAUGCUUAUAACGAAGAUUUGAUAAAAUGUUAUGCUUUUAUUCAAAAUACCAAAUUUGGAUUUAGAGCAAAUAACAUACAUAUGUACGCACUGGCAAACGCAGUAAUUCAUGAAAAGUGGGCUAUUCUGUCAGCGGCGCCAACGAUAUUUUUUGAUGAUUCAAUGAUCAAAACCAACCAAGUUGAAAAUUGCACAAUUGGUUAUAAUGCAUCAAUCAGUGAAAAGACAUCACUGAAGCUCAGUCACAUUGGUACAAGUGCAGUUAUAGAAACGAAGACAAGGGUUUUAAACUCCGUUGUAAUGGAAAACGUUAUGGUCAAAGAAGGAUGCGUAAUUAACAAUUGCAUAUUAUGCAAUGACAGUGUAGUCGAAGAAGGCUGCGAGCUAAAUCAUUGUAUAGUAGGAGCCAAUCAUACGGUACCAGCUGGUAGUCGGCAUUCUGAUGAAGUUUUGACCGAUAUUGGUAAUCUAAUGGAAAUUUAAAGAUUUGACAAAGUAACGUUAUUCGCAACUCUGUAUUUUAAUGAUGUCAAAUACUACGAAAUAAAUAAUUUGUUUACUUCUAAU